GGCAGGGUCAUCACUGCAACUGUUGCCUCAAGGCAUCCAGCUUGGCCCUUGCAUAGCCCCGAGAAUCAGGACGAUGGUUAGUCGCGGGACUGUGAUUGCGUCACACCGGGAUGCAUCUGAGUUAACCUGGCCCACGGCUCAGUAGAAUCAUGGACGAGCUUUGCACAUCUCUUCUGCCGUGUCUCACAGACUCUGCACUGGAGACCGAAAAUGGCAUCCGUGUUUCUGUAUGGACGCCAUUUCGUCAGUUCGAUGAGGGGUUGAGUUACACGUCACAACGCAUGAUAUCGGCAUCUUUCGUAGUUCAAGGACGGUUGCCUGAGAAUCAGACAGACAGCUUUCCUAGUAUAAAGUUACUUGCACCUCUCGAACCAGUCUUGACUCAACCAUCAUCCCUAUACGAUCUCACUAUCUACCUCAAGACUUCACAGACCAUCACAAUGCCCGGCGACAGACUCAACAACGGCGAAUGGCUCCUUGCUGGCAACAGCCUUUGGAGUGAGGACGGCUCUGUAGAAUGCCGUAUGCAAGACGACGGCAAGCUCGCUGUCUACCACGGCGACUACUGCGCCUGGCAGAGCACCGAUGAGCAGGAUUGGAACCCUCAAGGCGUCAAGAUGCAAGAAGACGGUAACCUCGUCAUCUACGACAAUUCUGGUACUGGACAUGCUACUUGGCAUACCAAUACCUCUGCGGGCAAGGGAAAUGACUCAACUUAUCUCAUUAUUCAGAAUGAUGGUAACCUUGUGCUCUACAAUGAGGGUGAAGUUCCCAUCUGGGCGGCAGCCAGCAACAAAUAGAUGCAACGUCAGGCAAACAAACGGAGACUUUGGCAUUUGGACUGUUACGAUCUGUCUUACCUCGGAACUAGAUAGCAAUUCAAGGAACUCACGAGGAUAUGACCUCGCAAUCCG